CCCCUCCUCCAUCAGCUGAUGACGGUAUAUAAUGUCAACCACGGCUCGGCAGGAAGUGCGUCUGGUGCCUUGAGCUAGCUGGAACAUGAAGAGGAGAACCUGUUUUAUACAGAGCUAUCGCGACAACAAACUCAGCUUUUGACGAAUAAACUUCAGGACAUGGACAGUAACAGAAGAGGACGACCAUGGGGGAAGCUAGUCAAAGUGGACUCCAGUGAAACUAUCAUGCUUUUCAGCAGAGAAUGCACAGUUGGCAGAAAAAAAGGAUGCUAUCUGUCCUUUCCAGCCAGUAAACUUGUCUCAGGGGAGCACUGCAAGAUUGUGAAAGAUGAAAGUUCAGGGCUGGUGUGGCUGGAAGACAUGAGCACUAAUGGCACGGUGAUCAACAUGUCCAAACUGGUCAAGAAGCAAACUCACAUGCUGCAGAGUGGAGAUGUCAUCUACUUUGUGUACAGGAAGAGCGAGCCAGAACAGAACAUCGCCUAUGUUUACCACUCAAUCAAACCAGAGCAAGCUGCUUCACCACACAGCUUUGACACUGAGAGAUCAGCCCACAGUCCUUCUCCUGUUCCAGCCUCAGAGAUGUCUCUUUCAGUUGAGCCUGUAAUGCUCGCAAAGCCUCCUCGAGAUCCAACGCAGGAGGAACCUCAGCCAUCCACCUCCGCUUCACACUUCUGUAUUGAAAGCCCUUCCUCUUCUGGUCCCAUGGCAACCGCUGCCUCUCCUGCCUCUGGUCACACUAAAGAUGCUUCCACUGCAGCGGAAAAAGACACAGACAACCUGGAGCCAGAGAGCAAGAAGAGGAAAACUGAUGAUGGAAAAGAUUAUGAUUUGGGCUUGCCACACACCUCCAGAAUAGAAGCGGUUGGCUCAACUAAGGGAAGUCUUGGGAAUCUUUUGUCUAAACCACCAGUGGAAGGGACGAAAACUGACAAGAUGGAGGAAAGCCUGACGUGUGUUAUUUGCCAGGACCUGCUGCAUGACUGUGUCAGCUUGCAGCCUUGCAUGCACGUCUUCUGUGCUGCCUGCUACUCAGGCUGGAUGGAGCGUUCUUCUCUGUGCCCCACCUGCCGCUGCCCUGUGGAAAGGAUCCGUAAGAACCACAUCCUCAACAACCUGGUGGAGGCCUAUCUCAUCCAGCACCCAGAAAAAUGUCGCAGUGAAGAGGACCUGAAAAGCAUGGACAGCCGUAACAAGAUAACUCAGGACAUGUUGCAGCCAAAAGUUGAGCGGUCUUUCUCUGAUGAGGAGGGCAGUUCAGAUUACCUCUUCGAGCUCUCUGACAAUGACAGUGACUCCUCAGACAACAGUCAGCCUCUGGUGAUGUGCAGACAGUGUCCUGGCUACAGGAGGGACGUCAGCCAAAUGCUGUUUUCCACAACUUCAAACUACUGGUUCCCUGGUCUGCCAUCUCUACCACCUGUACCUCCACCGCCCAAAGCAGCAACUGAUGAGGGAGCUGUGAAGCCUGCAGGGGAGCAGCCCUCAACAUCCUCUGAUAUUCCUUCAGCUCCUCAGGAGUACCGCUGCUCCCCUCAGGGAUUCCAUCUCAUUUGCACCUGCUGCCUCCAGCCGAUGCCAGACAGACGCGCCGAACUAAACAACCAGCAGGUUAUUGCUCAACAAUGUGUGCUGUGCCAGCGACCUUUCUGUCAUAUGUACUGGGGCUGCCAGAGGAUUGGCUGUCAAGGCUGUCUGGUUCGAUUUAGUGAGCUCAAUCUGACUGACAAAUGUCUGGAUGGUGUCCUGAACAACAAUAACUACGAAUCAGAAGUCCUCCAAAACUACCUGUCCUCCAAGGGAAAGUCAUGGAAAGAUCUGCUCAAAGAGUCUCUGCAAGGCUUACAGCAGGGAAGCUACUUUUUGACAGAUCGUCGUAUAUCUGCAAACACUAUCCUGUGCUUCUGCUGCGGCCUGGGGGCCUUCAAAGAGCUGGCCUACAAGUACAGACAGAACAUCCCUGCGUCUGAACUACCAGCUGGCGUAACGUCUCGCCCCGACUGUUACUGGGGGCGCAACUGUCGUACGCAGGUGAAGGCACAUCAUGCAGUGAAGUUCAACCACAUAUGUGAGCAGACACGUUUCAAGAGCUGAAGGAGCCCUGCUAAAUGUGUCAUGCGGAAAACUGAACAUCUCAUAAAUUUGUGAUACAGGAUCUUGUUAUUUUUGUUGUGUACACUAUAACUAACUGCCUUAUGCAAUAACCUAAUGCAGAAAUUACAAUCAGCAUCCAUUUCCAGUAGUUGCCAGGGUUUCCACAGGGCUGUGUGACAUAACGCUAUGCACAUUUAGAUUAAAAGUUUCAAGCUGCUCUUUAGAUUUAAAUCCUACAUGGGCAAUUAUAACCAUCCACUGCUUAUAUCGUCUGUUGUUGAUGCAUUUAUCUUGCUUACCCGAGUAAUCGACCAUCUUUUGACAGAUUAAUUCACUUAUUUGUACCGAGAAAUGGUUACAGGUGCUUCCUGAUCUGUCUGUCCUCCAGCCUGUGGAACAUAAAUGUUAGUUUUCUUCUCAGAGUGAGAGCGAGAAAGGCAAUCUGUGUGGAUUAAGGCCAUUAUAUGUGUGCUUACGAAUGGUGGUGAGCACGCUUUCUAUCAUGUCCUCCUCUAGCCUCGGUAAUUGAGGCUUAAAAGGCCUGAUAUGCAUUUACAUCCUGAGCUAUUGAUGUCUUUUAGCAGUCUGUCAAGUUCAGAAUCAGAGCUUCUGAUCUGUUGAGUAUCAUGAGAGUAACAGUAAAAUAAUAACAUUACAGUAAUAGUAGUAAUCCAAACUGCACUUGAAAAUACAUGGAAAUGUAAACAUCUCACCUCCAGUAGACUUUCAGUGUUUCGCCUGGGCAUUACUGUGUUCCCAAGCAAGGGCAGAAAGCUGCGUCGAAAGCCCCCCAUGCACGUACUAGGGUAGAUUUGUAAUCUCAUGUGAUAUUUGUAUAGGAUUUUAUGUCUGUGGGAAGGGGAUCAUUGUGUUGUAAUGCUGUCGGAGGGCAUGGGGGCCUCUGUUGUAUUGUUGUAUGCUUUGCUCUGGAUAAUAAUCUCCAAGGUGAUUAAAGUAGUGUGGAAGGGACACUUUCGCAGAGCCUCGUAGUAAGGGCUAAUCUGUGAUGAAAUGCACGGUUUACUCCAUGUAGACUCUACAGAGGAAAACAGACUGCAGUCCAAACAGCCAGUAAUAUUAGUGACAAUGGCCCAUGGAGAAGCGUUCUGAAAUGCUGUUUUUUUUCAGCAUACACUUACAGAACCAUUUAGAGAAUUGUGCCAAUACACACACAACAGCAGAAUCUGUUGUUGUCAUUUGUUUUCCAGUUGUAUAUGGUAUAGUUCAUUUUAGUUGGAUUUUCUCCGGUUCCUCAGGUACACAAAGCUGCUGUUUUGUUGUUUUAACUGCAGUUUAAACCACACUUGGUGGUUUGUGUCAAAACGUAAAAGCUCUCACUGAGCAGUGAUUUUUCAAUCUGAUGACCUCUCAUUUAUGACUCUUUCACCCAAGUGUCAGAAAGUUCCUAUCAUGAAACAUGCACAGCAAAUACUGAUGUCUUCUAUAAAAAUCUGACAAAUCAAGCAGUUUUUUUCUUUUGCCUUAUUUAGCCUAGUCAAAUUACAAGAGCCAGUUGCUACUUUCAAGAGAUCUUCUAUAUGAAACAUGAUAAUGAAGUAGUAAUUUUGAUGUAACCCCUCUUUUUAAUAGGGUUACUAUUAUUGUUGUGUAGAAAAUGCUGAUGUAAGUGAAGAAUGGAGGAAUAGAAAAUGUUAUAGCCAGUCCUUAGCUGGUGUCCAGUGCACUUAGUGUGAUUUCACACAUAAACACUGGUCUUAUUUUUCAUCGUUUAUGUAGUAUUUCAGGUGAUUUAGAAGAAAACUUACUGAAGAUGUCUAGAAAAUGAUAGAUGUUUAUAUUGUAAAUAUGAGGAUAUUUGCACAUAUUUGUCUCUCACAUUUAAAGGCUUCUUUUAAAUCUACACAAUUAUAUCAAACAUCCAUGAAAGGCUGUCUGUAUCCAUGGAUGUCAAUAGUCUGACUCACAAUAUUUGAAUUGUAAUCAUGUGAAGCGUUUCAUUCCAAAAGGAAAUGUACAUGAUCAAACAGAAAAAAUGUAAUGAGGGGGAAAAAGGAUUUCUGUGCUAUUUUGAGAAAAAAAAAAACAUUUUUGAUACAUACUUAAUUAUACAGGUGAUAUUUGCCAUGAAUGUGGAUACCAUACACGUUGUUUUGGAAUGUAACUCGUCAUGUUUGCAGAGGUGGAAAAAUGGGGUUGUGAAUGGGCACUUUGCUGGCCUCAGCCUGAGCUCCUGAGUUAAUUUGUGGUGUUAGCAAGGUGAUUUAGGUGUUUAUCCUUUUAUUAAUUUUUUUGUUUUACCCACUCAUUCAUGGUGGGUCCACGUUGGCAUUCCUUAGCAGCUCAGGCCCUCAGCACAAGCCUGGUCGAUCCCCCGACAGAGUGGCUGAGUUUUAAUUAUUCCCUACAGGAGAUCUGGGCACCCUAAGCCAACAACAGUCCCAAGCCGCUCCAAUCAGGAAUUGGUAUUAGAGGCUUUGGAGGAGUGCUUUGCAUUCUCCCUGGGGUUGUGUGUGUGCGUUGGAGAGUGGAGGGGGGACGGUUUGUGUUGUAUACUAAGGCAAAUAUUUACUCAUUUUGUGUGCAAAAGUCUGGACCAAGCUGCUCAGCAGUAUGGAAGAGGCAGGUUUCAUUCUACCUCAUCACAGCUCCCACAAUUUAGGGACUGUAUGGGCAUCAGUCUCAUUCACAUCAGUUAAAAAGCAGGGCGUGCAUCUCUCUGUGUGAGGGGUGGACGUCCUCACUGAUGCCUGCAAAGUCUGUAUGCAAUGCACUAUUUUAACAAUUAGUCUAGACUAUAAUCAACUUCUAGGUAAAUCACCAUAGAGUAGCACCAUAGAGUUGUCGGUGGACUCUGAGUUUGACAAAUAUGUUUGAGUUUGAUCAGUAUCGCUUUCCCCUCAAUGUUGUAUUAGCAAUGCUAAAAUUGUCUUUGAAAUGCAUACGUUUUGCCUGUUUCUUAACAAAUUAAAAGACUGAUAAAGCUGUAAGUAAAAACGGACUUGCUUUUGUCAA